UCCGUUGACUUUCCAUUUCACAUGUACAUAGUCUUAAAGGAAUCGUAGUAGUUCGGCUUCCCAUACCGGAGAAAACCAACAAAUAGAACUGAUUGCUUCAACCUCCAUAGAUUUAGUCAUCUGUUUGUUAUCAAUUAUCAAACACACCCAGAAGAAAAAGAAGAAUACGAAGAAGAAGAAGAUGGCUACAAAUCUCCGGAGAUUUAAGCGAUUAGGUUCCGUAUUCAUCAACAAUUCUUCUCCUCUCAGACGAUUAUCUUCGUCUUCCGCCGUUUUGGGUUCUGUUGAUGGUCAGGUGCAACAACCAGGAACUGGAACGGGGAAAUCUAUAAACCUUUACACUGCAAUCAAUCAAGCACUUCAAAUAGCUUUAGAUUCUGAUCCUCGUUCUUAUAUAUUUGGGGAAGAUGUGGGUUUUGGUGGCGUCUUCCGUUGCACAACUGGAUUGGCUGAUCAAUUUGGCAAACAUAGGGUUUUCAACACCCCUCUAUGCGAACAGGGGAUUGUUGGAUUUGGAAUAGGUCUAGCAGCAAUGGGGAAUCGAGCUAUAGCAGAAAUCCAAUUCGCAGAUUACAUUUUUCCUGCUUUUGAUCAGAUUGUCAAUGAAGCUGCUAAAUUCAGAUAUCGAAGUGGUAACGAAUUUAAUUGCGGAGGUUUAACAAUAAGAACACCAUAUGGAGCUGUGGGACAUGGAGGCCAUUAUCACUCACAAUCUCCCGAAGCUUUCUUUUGCCAUGUUCCUGGUCUUAAGGUUGUUAUACCUCGAAGCCCAAAGGAAGCAAAAGGAUUGUUGUUAUCAAGUAUACGUGAACCAAAUCCUGUUGUGUUUUUUGAACCGAAGUGGCUAUACCGAUUAGCUGUAGAAGAGGUUCCGGAAGGGGAUUACAUGUUACCUUUAUCAGAAGCUGAGGUUAUUCGAGAAGGUAGUGACAUAACCCUAGUUGGUUGGGGCGCUCAGCUUGCCAUCAUGGAACAAGCUUGUGUUGAUGCUGAAAAGGAAGGAAUCUCUUGUGAACUUAUAGAUUUAAAAACAUUAAUUCCAUGGGACAAAGAAACAGUGGAAGCUUCAGUGAGGAAAACAGGAAGAUUAUUGAUUAGUCAUGAAGCUCCAGUUACAGGUGGAUUUGGUGCUGAAAUCUCUGCAUCAAUUGUUGAACGUUGUUUCUUGAGAUUGGAAGCACCUGUUGCUAGAGUGUGUGGUUUGGACACUCCAUUUCCUCUUGUUUUUGAGCCAUUCUAUAUGCCUAACAAGAACAAGAUACUUGAUGCGAUCAAAGACACGGUUAAUUACUAAAACGCCCUCGGUGAUUCUUCCAUGCAAAAACCAGGAUGAGAGUGCAACCACCCGUUGUAAUAUAUGUAUUUUCUUUCUUGAAAAAAAAAAAAAAACAUUUUGUAUAACUUUUAAAUUUUACCAUCUUUGAUCAGCAAAACAUGUUAAGUGGCAUUGACAUGGAGUCCAUGUUCUUUUUAAUAUAUUUUCAUAAAUCUUAUUAUUA